ACCAAAUUCUUUCUAAAGUCGGAUCCUCCGAUGGCGGUGAGAAUAUCACCGCUCCGCCUCCGUUUCCCUUCAUUUCUCGUAACUGCGUCGGGAUCGCAGGAAGCUGGAACGCCGUGCUGCGGCAGUGGCGGCGGUGGUGGAGGAGGAGGGCUUACUGCCCGCGCGAUGUCUUCUGCGCCGUCUCCGUACACCACUCUAAAGGAGCGCGUGAGCUGCGAGCGCGAGAUCAAGAAGAGCAAGUUCCUCGCCGUAGCCGCACCCAUCUCCGACGAGCGCUCCGCCCAUUCCUUCCUCUCCGAGGUCCGAGAUCCGCGUGCCACACAUAAUUGCUGGGCCUACAAGCUUGGAGACCAGUAUCGGAGCAAUGACGAUGGCGAACCAUCUGGAACAGCUGGAAAACCAAUGUAUUCUGCCAUUGUUUCUUCGGGACUAGAUAUGGUGAUGGUGGUUGUUAUCAGGUAUUUUGGAGGUAUAAAACUAGGAACUGGAGGAUUGGUCAGGGCUUAUGGAGGAGUUGCUUCAGAGUGUCUCAAAGGUGGUACAACAUGCCUCGUGAAACCAAAAGCCCCGAUAGGUAUUGAGGUUCCAUUUGAGUUGUUGGGGACAGUGUACCAUCAGGUUAUUUUUUAUGUAUGCAAGUAUCCAAACUAAGGGAGGCAUUGGUAAAAUGGGUUUACUUGUCUGUCAGAUACGUGAAAAAGGUCAUGCUUGUAGUUACUAGUGAUGUGUUUUCUCCCUCCCUCCCCAAGAGUUUGUCACAUCCUAGAGCUACGUGUCUGCAAGUUAGUGUGACAACUAAAUGGGUACUCCCCACUUUGACUGUUAAACUGAGCUGGAUAUGUUUUACUAUGCUAAUUUGAUUGAUUUAUGCACCAACUCAAAAUGCCUUAUGGUCUUGUUUAAAAACUACCUACAUGAUCAGAUUCCACUCUGUAACAAAGUAAUUCUGUAGCAACCACCACAGUUAUAUGAAUUGAAGACCCAAGAGGAUAACAGCAUCCUGUUUGGUCCUGUUGCACUGUCUAAGUAAAUCUGUGAAAAUAAAAGAAAUCAGAAUUUGAAGAUGAUGCUUGAUAUAUGAAUUAAGAUCACAUAAGGUAAUAUUGGAAUCAAAUUAAUUAAGGCUUUGUAUUUUGCUUUAUCUGUAUGGCCUAUAAGUAUAUUUUAUAACUAACAUUUUAGGUACAAAAUUAGCCAUAGUUUGAAUAUGGCAAUUAGAUUUUGGGAUACAUGAAUAUACCUUUUGCUGAAAUUGUGUGAGCAUAGUCUGACAACCUAAUUGGCUGACUUGGGAUAAGUUGCUGGGUUGUGUUGAGAAUUGCUUCCUUUGAAAAUCGCUGUAUGACUAACAUCUUUUGAUAAUCAACUCCCAACUCAUAUGCAAGUAAUGUUGAUUGAUGAUCUGUCAUUCUCCCCCCAAAAAAAUUAUCACGAAAAUUUAGUAAAUGAUGGGCAUGAAGAACAUUCAAAACACGCACAGCAAAUUAAUCAAUUUAUAUCAGGAAACUAUGUUUGAAUAUAUUUGCUGCAAAAUAUAUCUCCAAAAAAUUAUAUAAGCAGAGAAAAUUUUUUGGGAGUCAUUUGACCUUUUUUAUGUUUAAUUAGUCAAAGGGAUGCAAUUACUUAACAAGUCCAUGAAAUAGAAGCAUUUAUCCAUUUACUUCAUCGGGGGUAAUUACAGAUUACCCCCUAUAGUUACCUAGGAUUAGUAUUCCGCUCUCUGUACUUUAAAAGUAGCAUUUGGAUCUCUACACUUACGAAAGUAAAACAUUUAACCCCAAUUAUCCUCACGUUAUCAAUAUCGACAGGAAUAAAAAGGGUAAAAAAGUAACUUCAUAGACGGUAGAUCAUCGGCGGCGUUAGGGGAUCGCAAGGUUUACGGUGCCCGGAUCUCGUUUGGAACACCACCAUUGGUCUAUCGUCUGCAGGGGAGGAAAGCAAAAGUUUCUAUAAAAUUAUUUUUUACCCUUUCUAUUCACGACGAAAUUGACGACGUAAGGAGAAUUGUGGUUAAAUGUUUCACUUACGUAAGUGUAGGGUUCCUAAUGCUACUUUUUAAAGUAUGGGGACCGAGAUGUUAAUCCUAAGUAACUACGGGGGGUAAUCUGUAAUUACCCCACUUCAUCGUAGUACUCUCUUAAUGUGUUAAUUAAAUCUGAGUAAAUAUUGAGGUUGCUCAACUUGUUAUUUCUAUUACCUCGUAAGCAUGGCAUUGUACUUCCUGCAGAUUCAGACUAAGCUUGCUUAACAAAUUAUAACCAAGCCAUACUGGUGUUGGUCAUCCUAUGGACUAGGUUCAUUAAUGAAAGAUGUAGCCGUAAUGAUUGUCUCUUAUCUAGGCAACGUGGAUUUAGAACCGGAUAACUUGUAGAUAUUUGCAUACAGUCCUGCAUACAAAUGUUUGCUCUUAGAAACUUAUGUUUCUUGUCACCAGUUCAUAUUUCAUGAUAGAUGGAGAAAAAUUCUGCAUUUUAGUUAUGUUCAUGGAAUACAUGGAGCUCUGCCUUCAUAACUGUUAAUAACCUUAUUUUUUGUAAGAUACUGCUGUGACUGACCUUAACUGAAGUGUUCAUGGACUUGGAUUAUUUUCCCUUUGGGAGGAUUGAAGCUUCAGACCUUCCAAUUAGUUUUAAAACAUGGGUUUCCAAGUCAACUAUUAGCACUGUUGAACAUGACCAAGAAUAUUAAAAAACGUUAAUAUUCAUGCAAUUUGAAGAUUUCUAAACUGAAUGCCAAACAUACAUGAAAAUCAUCAGUUUUAGUAGCAUAGGGUCAUACACAAUGUCUUGACAUAAUUAACAAAUUAUGACCAUUAAUAUAGAAUGAAUAUCAGCGUGCAUCUAUGAUCAUUUUGACCAAUAAUAAUGGUUUGGAUUCUUGAAAUAGCCUAGAAAAUAUUUUAGUUUCGGUUGUUUCUUGCACCAUUUGCUUUUAUUGAUUUAAUAAACAUGCAAAUGGUUGUGAAAUAGCAAAAUGUUUGAUUUCUAGGACUUCUUUGUAAAUGCUGUACUUGAGAAUCAAUGAUGCUGAUUGAUGAUUUGGAAUCUUCUAGUUUUGACUUUCAGUUGGAAAGAUUGAGGUUUGCAUCCUCAGUCAUUUAUUAUUUUCAAGUAACUGGAAUUACUGAAACAUGCCACAUUGAUGUAACUGUUAAAAUACCGUGUGGCUGUGCCCCAUAUCACAGUGCCCUCCAGUGUUAAUGGAUUGUCUUAGGUUGUAUUUUAAGCCUUCUCUUUCCUGUUCAAAUGGUCUA